AUGAUUACUACAGAUUCAAAUGAAAAGAUCAUGUUAAAUAUAUAUAAAAUUUGGAAUCGAUUAAAGAUUAUUCAAAAUAAAUCAAUUCGAGCAGCACUUAAUGUACCUCAUUUUACUUCAACUACAUAUAUACAUCAAAUAACCAACAUGCCACAUAUUCGUUCAUAUAUCACAGCUUUUACUGAAAGGGCACUCAUAAGAAGUCACCAAUUGGAAGAUACAGUAACAGAAAAAAAUUUAAUCUCUUCUAUCCUUGAAAAAGUUGUAACAUGGCUUUCCUCUAUUCCUUCAAAUUCUUCUAUCCCUGAUUUUGAUAAAUCAGAUAUUCAACUUCUGCAGUAUUUCCCUGAAACAUUUUGUUAA